AUGCCUACUGACACUGCCCGCAAACUCCAGGAACGCAACGAUCUUGUCCGUCGAAUAAAGAACCACGGAUACGAACUACCCGAAAUGGAUUCUUGCUCGAACUGCGUGAGGCGAAACAUUACUUGCGUGUCGUCUCCAAAUGAUUCACGGCGGUGCGCCGAGUGCGUUCGUCGCAACUUGAAAGAAAAGUGUGACUGUAUGGGUCCUGAGCAUCCCGACUGGGUGAAGCUCGAACGGGAGGAGGAUCGCCUGGAUCGCGAAGAGGAAGAAACCCUUUCGAAGUUACUUCGUCUGCGGAAGCAGAAACGCCUCAUCCGAACCCGAGGUAAAGAUAUGCUCCGGCGAGGUUUGAAAACCCUCGACGAGCUUGAUGCGGCAGAGGAGGCCGAACGUGUGGCUGCUGAGAAGCGUGACGCUGUUGAGGCUGAGUGUCAUACUGACAUUCGUUGCACUCAGUUUGCUAUCAAACUCAAGAGCAAACUUAGAAAUCUCCUCCUCAAACCUACAAGUCACCAUACAUAUCUUGGCUUAUCACACCAACAACAGAAGCAAUACUACUCAACGAUUGCUGCAAACUCUUCUACUACAUCUGUUUAUGCUACAUACAUCACGGCAUAUCAUUUGGACACUCAUUGA